AUGGGCGCUGCACAACUGCACAGCACUAACUUGGCCCCGAGUAAGAAAAGGACAGUUCAAGAGAUAACAGACUACCCCAGGUUGAAAAUGAUCAGCGUCCUCCAUCACUUUGGCCUUCUAGUACUCCUAGCGGCGUUCGCUGCUGCCAACGAAGUUGCGAGUGGCCAAUCGUCUGCAGCGGUAGCAGCGCAACAUCGAGAUCUACUGGCUCAGAGACUGAUGCACGAUUCCCAGGAGGCGGAAGAUCUCUACUCUAGACUAGUGGAGGACAGAAACAUCCUGGAUGAUGAAACCACGCAGGAGGAGGAGGACAAUCUGGCGGAAAUCCUCAAACGCUCCCCCCACUUCUGGAAGCGUUCCCACGCCUUCUGGAAACGCUCACCGGCAUUCUGGAAGCGCAGCGCCUUCUGGAAAAGGGCCUCCUUCUGGUAA